AUGUUUCAGUCAAAAAAUCUAUUUCUUUUGCUGAAUAUAAUAAUAAAGUAUCAUUAACACCAUCUUUAUCAAAUACUACAAAUAUUAGUAAAAAAGGAAAUAAUAAAAUUAACAAACAACAAAAUAAAUUACUAGAUAAC